AUGGAUAAAGUCACUGCUGAUCUUCCAGCUCAAAAUGUAAACACAGCUGGAUGGAUGAUUCCAAAGGACGUAUUUCUAGCAGACCCAUCGUUCAAUAAAUGCCAACCGAUCGAUUUGGUUAUCGGUGCCAAGCAUUUUUACGCGCUGUUUCCGACAGCAGCUCGCAUGCAACUUCAGAAUGAUCUACCGCUUCUGAUAGACAGUGUAUUUGGAUGGAUUGUGGCAGGUUCUGCAACUGAAGACUCAUAUAAGCGAAAUACAGCACCAACUCGCAACGUAGUAGCAGUGUCCAUGAUUACCCUGGAGGAAUCGUUGGAACAGUUUUGGAAAAUGGAGGAUCUGACAACUAAGGAUAAUUUCUCUGUGGAAGAACGCCAUUGUGAGUCUCUCUAUCAAACAACAGUUGCAAGAAACCAUAAAGGAAGAUAUAUUGUACGCUUACCUCGAAAGCCAGAUUUCGAUGUUUUGUUAGGCAAGUCCAAAGCGAACGCGUUACGUAGAUUUACCUAUUUAGAAGCACGCUUAGAACGCAAUUUCAAUUUGAAAUUUGAAUAUCAUCAAUUCAUGAAGGAAUACCUCAGUCUGGGUCAUAUGCAGUUAGUAGAACCCAAUGAUGAUAGUUGCUGCAAGGCGUAUUAUUCACCCCACCAUCCGGUAGUAAAGGAAUCAAGCACUUCUACAAGAGUUCGUGUUGUGUUUGACGGCUCGGCAAAAACCUCUUCCGGAUACUCCUUGAAUGAUGCUCUCUGCGUUGGACCAGUUGUUCAAGACGAUCUACUUACCAUAAUUCUUCGUUUCCGUAGCUACCCAAUCGCCCUAGUUGGAGACGUAGAGAAAAUGUACCGACAAGUGCUUGUACACCCAAUCGAUGCCCCAUUCCAACGUAUUUUAUGGAGAUUCUCUCCUGACAACCCCAUUCAAACGUACGAGUUGCGUACCGUCACUUAUGGCUUAGCUCUUUCAUCCUUUCUUGCCACUCGUACGCUUCGUCAACAAGCUAAUGACGAAGCGACAGCCGAGAGUCCGCCGACCAACGCAGCAAGGAAAAUGCUGACACGGGGUAAACCCGGCAUAGCAACCGUUCCAGCCGCCAACCACACGACAUCGAAGACAACGUGGCCGAUCGACGAUAUCGAACUUUGCUGA